AUGAAAACUAUUCUUUGUGUACUAAACGAAAUUUUAGAAGUAAUUCAUUCAAAUAUUUUUAUAAAUUAUAUGAAAAUGAGACACUUAUUGAUACUAUUCUUGGAUUCCGGUCCAAGUAUUGAUACUUGGACACAUUUUUAUGAAAAUUCAGUUAUCACUGAAACUCACACUAAAAAUACAAAAUUAAAUCCAACAAAAGUAGGAAAUUAUUAUGUUACAACAUGUUUUUUCAAUGGAUUUGAAGAAGUUGUUGUCAAUAUAGACAAAGGAGAUCAAACAAAACUUCUUAUUUCUAUUUCUGGAUUCAAUGGCACAAAAACUCUAUCUCAAACAGUUUAUUCUAAUUUAGGAAGUUGUGUUAUCUAUCGAACAUGUGCCACAAAAUCUAUACAAACACAAUCAGGAUCUGAUAUUGAUGGAGUAUUUUUAUUUUCAUUUAUAUCAAAUCCAAACAACAAAAACAUUUUUGAAGAUUCAACAGUCUUUGAUUGUGGAGAAAUAGAUAAAGGAAGUUCAAUUAAUGAUUUAGUAUACGGAAAUCUUAGUUAUUCACGAAAUAACAUAACAAAUAACAAAUGUUAUUCUGGUGUUUCACUAAAUAUUUAUUCAAAACAGAGAUACAACAUCAGUCAAUCAUCUUUCAUUGAUAACAAAGCAAACUAUGAAUGCUUUUAUAUCUAUUGGAGUGGUUCACAUCAAUUUUAUUUAUGUAAUAUCAUUAGAAACAAUGCUAGUAGAUGUUUUAAUUUAAAUCAAGCAACAGUUACAUUUGAAUUUUGUUCAAUCAAAUAUAAUAAUUGUCCACAAACAUUUAAUUUAUCUGGUUCAUGUUCAGCUACAAUCAUUAAUAGUGAUUAUGAUGGACAAACAUCAAGUGUAACAACAAAAAAUCCAACAAACAAUUCAUACAACAAAUUAUCACAUCUUUCUACAAGACUUUGUGAAGCAGAAAAUAAAAUUGAAAAUAAUUUUGAAGAAGAAAAUGACAUCUCCCAAUAUUUAAUCCCCUACCAACAUAAUCAUCUUCUUAAUAUUUCACAAAUUUCAUCAUAUUCAAUUUUAUCGCUGAUUAAAUAA